AUGUGCAAUCAACGUUUGUCGAGUUCUGCACCUAAAAUUGCUUUACUGGGUGCUGCUGGUGGCAUCGGGCAACCACUUGGACUACUGCUAAAGAUGAAUAAGCAUGUAGCAAAAUUAGCAUUAUAUGAUAUCAAAGACACGCCAGGUGUAGUCGCUGAUCUGUCACAUAUUGAUACUAGAGCUCAGGUUACGGGACACACUGGUCCAAAUGAAUUGGAUGAGGCUUUGCAGGGUACGGAUAUUGUGGUGAUACCCGCUGGUCUACCACGGAAACCAGGCAUGACUCGUGAUGACUUAUUCAAUACCAACGCUAGUAUUGUACGAGAUUUAAGUGAAGCAGCUGCAAAAAAUUGUCCAAAAGCUUUUGUUGCAAUCAUCACAAAUCCUGUUAACUCAACAGUUCCAAUUGCUUGCGAAAUUUUCAAAAAACAUGGCGUCUUUGACCCGCGACGUAUAUUUGGUGUCACAACACUCGAUGUUGUACGCUCAGCAGCAUUUGUCGCAGGAGCCAAAAACCUAGAUGUUAAUCAAACAAACAUACCCGUAAUUGGUGGUCAUUCCGGGAUUACUAUUAUUCCGCUGCUUUCUCAAGUGAAACCAUCUUGUAAGUUUUCGGAUGAUGAAGUGAAGAAAUUGACGGAACGGAUCCAGAAUGCUGGAACGGAAGUUGUGCAAGCAAAAGCUGGAGCUGGUUCGGCUACACUUUCAAUGGCUAUGGCAGCUUCAAAAUUUGUGGAAAGUUUACUAAAAGGUCUCAAUGGUGAAAAAUCCGUUCAGUGUGCAUAUGUAGCUUCGGAUGCAUGCAAGGGCGUAGACUACUUUGCAACACCAUUGGAAUUUGGUAAAAACGGAGUUGAGAAGAUUCUUGGAAUGGGCGACCUUAAUGCAUACGAACAGAGCCUUGUCGACGCUGCCAUUCCCGAACUGCAGAAAAAUAUUUCCAAGGGUUUAAAAUUUCGUAUAGUUUUUCCUCGUAUUCGACGAUCGUUCGGUAUUUCAAACGAUGAUAAUGGUGGUUCGCAAGAUGAAAAAAGCCUACAAAAUGAAGCAUCCCUCAAAAUUGUACCUGAAAUUAGGAAAGAAUCAAGAAGUACAACUUCCAAAGCGAAUUUGAAACCAGAAAACAUGCGAAAAAAAUUAUUGGAGCUUGCGCGAAAAAAGGAGCAGAAAAAACCGAAACCAAAUGAAGUGGCUACGAAUGAAAUUUUGACCGCUGUUGAUUCCGUAGUUAAGGAACUUCAUUACAGUGGUAUCUCUGAUGAAAGAAAAACGAGAAAUGAACUGAUUGGAAAAUUGAUGGAAUAUGAAAAAGAGAAAUUUGAAUCGGCAACUAGUGCGCAAUACAGUGAAUUAUUAUCGGAUAGAGUUUUUACCGCUUUUUUAGGAAGUCUCAAGGAUGAAACAACUAAGCCUAUGCCAAAGGCCGUGGAAAAGCGGCGAAUGCGCCAAGGAUUAUUAUUACUGAAGCGUGAAAUAUUUUAUCAAGCUCUUCAGUCGGGUCACAAGGCGGAGGAUGCUCGUAGAAUUGCGGAACAUGCGGUGAAAAUAGCUGAGGAGAGAGCAAUUGAAAAACAUGAAAUUUUAAAGCAAAAUUAUACAGAAGAACAAAAAAAGAAUAUGUUGAAAGAAAUUGAACGGACUGAAAAAGAGAGUACUUUUUACAAUGUCGCACUACAAAUAGCAAG